ACAGGGCUCCACCUCCGACCUGGGUCCCUGAACUCGCGGAUGCGGUCGGGGGCGGGCCUUCUGCCUCUCACUACCGGCCGGCGGAAGUGCGGAGUCGGAAAUUGCGCCAUCGGUCUGCGCCGACUCUCUGCGCGUUCGCCCCCAGUGCGGAGGUGCUCGGUGCUGCUAUGGCUUCUAGCGGGGUGACGGUGAGCGCCUCGGGCGCGGCCAGCGAGGCCCCCGAAGUUCCAGACAACGUGGGAGACUGGCUCCGCGGUGUCUACCGCUUCGCCACGGAUAGGAACGACUUCAGGAGGAACUUGAUCCUCAAUUUGGGACUGUUUGCUGCGGGAGUUUGGCUGGCCAGGAACUUAAGUGACAUUGAUUUGAUGGCACCUCAGCCAGGGGUGUAGCCAAAUAAUGGAAAUCCUGUUCACUCCAACUUCCCAAAGACAGCUUAAUGUCUGUGACCACAAGACACUGCCCUAUGGCAGCUGAAGUGGAUUUCCUCUCCUUGCCUGAACCUCCACCCCUGGCCAGUCCCGAGCCUGGCUUAAAUGUUACCGUUGCACAGUUCUGUGUGCACUUCCCAAGUUUCUGCAGAGGGUGAUCUUUGCCCAUGUCCUGAGGACUAGUAAUGGUUCUUGAAAAAUAUUUCAAAUAAAACCUGCACACAAAGACA